AUGACACCUCAUCUUCUUCUGACUUCGCCUUUAUACCCGUACCACGAACAACAAUACCCCAAAAUGACCUCUGCUUUCGUGCCCGUCGCUCCCUCCCAGCCCAGACCUCAAGGUCGUCGUCGUUAUGAUGCAACAGAUAUCGCUCUCCUGAUUGAAUUCUCUACAAUGUGGAUGGAGACUGAAGACGCUGUUGCAGCAGCCAACAUGAAUCAUUCGGAUCCUCCUGUCACCAUCACGUCUGCUCCCGCUGCUGAGGUUCCCACGCCCUUGCAACAGGAAUCACAAGGAGCACCCGCUACUACUGAAGCACCAGAAGUGGUAGAUUUGACAAUGUCAGAUCCGAUCAUCAUGGCUGAUCAAUUUCAAGACAAUGCCAGUGUCGUCAGUGUGGAAAGUUUUGAAUGCCAAGAUAUGGAAACAGAACAGUCUGCUCCUGUUAAAGGCGACACGAAUCAAAGAGAGACCUUCCUCAGCACUUGCUGGGAGAUUGACUCAUUCAUGGACACUGUCCAAGUGGGCCUCGCAUAA